AUGGCCCUGCUGCAGGAGAAGGAUAAGAGUGACCCCAGUGAUGCUGAGUGGAGUCGCGGCACGUACUCUAACGCGUCUAGAUCGCCGUCGCCACCAUUCAACACCCUCCCUACCUCCUACCACCCCCCUAUCAAGCGGAAGGCCUCUGUCAGCCUUAAUGAGCAGAAAGAGCCGCGAAAGGGGACCAAACGCAGCAAACUCGCGCCUGUGAUACCCUCGGAGGUCGCGUCAACAAUACUGAAGUUGCCUGUGGACACUCCGGCGACUCGUGAGGCUGUUUUUCGCUGA